UUUAUGGUACAACUUAAAAUUGUACAUUUAGGUUAUGGUACAGCUUAAAAUUGUACCUAUACUUUUUGUACAAAUUCUUUUACGGUACAACUUGAACUUGUACCUUUAUGUGAUGGUACAACUUCAAGUUGUAAAGUUGUACCAUAACAUAACGGUACAAAUUGCUUUAUGGUACAACCUAAACUUGUACAUUUAAUGUUAUGGUACAACUUUAAAUUGUACAUUAAAGCACCAAUACUAUAUAGCAUAGUAGAAGUGCUCGAGGAGGAUGAUGAUGAUUUGCAAUCUCUCUUCACGUGGAAUUCCUCAUGCGAUUCAAUACACCAAAAUGGUAUUGCACCAUGUACCCGACGUGGAUCUGCUGGUAACUAACUCUCAGUCCAUACUCGGAUUUUGAAUGCGCAAUGUACAUCUUGGAAAAAAAUCAUAUAACAGAUUAUUGACGACGAUCCUAAUAUACAUGCUAAAAUUUCAUAAUGUAAAUAAUUCAUCAUAUUGGUUGACUUGUACUUGCUAAUAUGAAGACUGAACUCUGCCCUUUCAUAUAGUCUCUAAAACAAAAUCCAAAAAAUGAGGACAGAAAGUUGUAUAAUAAUUAGGCUAAACAUUGAGAAGUUAGGCUAUCCAAAUGUUGAAAAAAUGAAAAUAGGAUUUGGUAAAGUCCAAACUUUUUUGUAUUUCUUUCUUUGGUGCAUUUUUCUCUCCUACUUUUGCUGCUAUUCAGAUGGCAUUAGGCUAAACAUCAACCGAUACUAUAGGUGGUUGCAUUGAACUGAUACCUAAAAAACAUGUAUGAGUCAAUAGAGUUCUCUAAAGAUCCCAAUUUCAAGGUACAAGUUGUAGGCAGCCUCAACCAUAAAAUCAUGGCUAGCAAUUAGAGUGGGCUAACGAUUUCGUUUGAUACGAAUUCGAUAUAAAUGAGCUGAAUUACAUUCGAUCCAGACACAAUAAGAACCAAUCAUUACUUUUCGUUAUGAUCUUAUAUUUUGGUUUAUAACUCACUUACGAUUGCCUAAUGAACAUAUAAGCCUCCGCAAAGUUAAUACUCUCUCUAAUAAAAUGAAAUUUGUACCGACCUUUUGUACCAGAUAAACAACUAAAUAUUAUAUUAAGGGGUCGUUUGGAAGUUGCGAUAGUUUUUUGUUGAGAUUGUCAUUAUGCAUGUAUUGUUUACAAUGCAUUGUUUUUUUUUUGUUUUUUUAGCAGAAACAAUACAUGGAUUGUUUCUGUGAUGUGACAGAAACUAUCACUCAUUUUGAGUGAUUGUUAUAUCUCAACUUUUAGUUGUGAUUGUUGAGAUAGUUGAGUUGAGAUUGUUUUGUCUCAGCUUUUAGCUGAUGCGACAUACACAAUCACACAUACCAAACAUUGUAUUCUACAAUGCAUCAAAUUCGACAAUACAUGUAUAAUAUUAUACAUGCAUUCUCAACAAUACAUAUAUUUAACAAUUGCAACUUCCAAACUAACCCUAAUACACAACUAUUUUUGAACUAGUGAUCAAAAGGGUAAUACUAAUCACCGAUCCACUUUCAAAAAUCCCUCCUCCCGCAAACUUUGCUCUUUUUUCUUAACCGCUCCACCAUUUCAUCUCUCCCUUCUCCCACCCUUUCCCUUUCCCUUGCCCUCAAAUCAAAUCCCACAAAACCGUAUCUCUUCUUCUUCUCCCUCUCUCUGUCUCUCCGAUCUUUCUCUCUCAGAAGACAGAAUGAGAGAUGCAGCAUCAUCAGUAGCCAAAUCCAGAUUGGUAUCUGAGAUUUGCUCUCUGUCAACUCUCACCAUUGCCUGCAUCCACAGAGAAUUUCCCCGCCUCUCUUCCCCUGCCUCGUAUUUCAUCGACUGGUAUCGCCUUCUCGGCGUUGAAGAAAAUGCAGAUUCCGACGACAUCAGAAGGCGGUACCAUCGCCUCGCUCUACAGCUUCAUCCUGACAAGAACAAUCACCCGAAAGCCGAGAUCGCAUUCAAGCUCAUCCUCCAGGGGUACUCUGUUCUAUCAGACAAUGUGAAGAGGAGACAGUUCGAUUGUGAGAGGAAGAAAUGCUUCUGCAUUGAAUGCAACAGAAUCCCUUACUCAGCACCAAAGGUGAAGGAACCCAUCAACGAGAGUCACUCGAGGGCUUACCGAAUUCGGCAGGCUUUGAAGGACAUAAGGGAGAGGUUCAAGGAAGAGGCUAGAGUGAUGGAGAAUUGUCUCAAGGUCAACGCUUCUUCAUCUUCCAGAAGGGACGAAGCCCCGGUUUUCGUGCCAUCUUCUGCGUCGAACCAGUCGUUGUUGUUCCAAUGCAGAUCGAGGAGAGAAUCUCCCAUCUUCGACCCGUGUAACUACGGAGCUGAAGGGUAUCCUCAUUUUAGGGAGAGGAGGAGCUUUAGCAAGAAGCCUGAGAGUUUCUGGAAUAUGCAGAGGAGACAGACUUUUAGUAAUAAUGGACAGGGGUCAAGAACGUUUGAAGUUCCUGUGUUUGAGAAUAGGGUAGAUAGAGGGAUAUUGAAAAGCAAACCUGCUUGCGUCCAUUCAUAAGCAUUCUUCUCUAUAAUGAGGGAAAUUCAGCAUUCUUUUUUAACAUUAGGGAUUGUUCCUGUGUUGCUGUCUGCUAAUUGGUGGUGCUGCUGAAAAACGACUCAAUACAACUGCUGACAAGAGAGCAUUACACAUUUUCUGAUAACCAUAACACAACACGUCAACACCAUGCAGCUGCGAGUGCAAUGAAGAGAGCAUUAACAUAAACACUGUUUAACAGCAAGCAUACAAUUCCAUAGAGUUAGUUUUCAUAAUACAUAACAAGCAUACAAAAUAUGGUUGUCUUCGGUUAGCAAAGACUGUCAUUGGGUGGGCUUCGCAAUGGCAGAUGGACAAAAAAGAGAAACAUCUGUU